UAUCCUGGUAGUGAUAAAUUAGUAGUUUGAAACAACAUGAACAGGUUAUUCUGUUUGCUUGCUCUUAUUUCUUUGUCGUCUGCUAAAAUAAGUUCAAAUGACUUCAAUAUUAACGAUCUAGUAAACUGGGAAACCUUUCAGUUACCAGAGAAGAUCGAAGCUCAGCAAGGUGGAAAUGAUCACUUACUCAUCAAGGAUACACCUGGCUCUCCUAUCAAUCCUGAUGACUUCAGAGCAUCUGACUCCGUGGACGAUGAAUCCUUUGGUAUAGACAACCACAAGGAUCCUAUUGAGAGUGCUGGUCUGUUUGAGGGUGAUAUAGAUAAUGUGUCUAUGGAUGAACUUCAUGAGAUCGGAGACUCUGCAAGGAACGCCAUCAAAGACGGCUGGCGAAAGUGGCCGGAUGCAACUAUACCCUAUCUCAUCUCUAAUCAGUUCUCUCAGUAUGAAAGAUCUGUAAUCGCAAAAGCAAUGAAGAACUACCAUGACAACACAUGUAUCAGAUUUCGACCACGUACAUCAGAGACUGCGUAUAUUCACAUCAUGAAGGGCAGCGGAUGCAGUAGUUCUGUUGGUAGAACCGGUUCUGUACAAUCUGUCUCCCUGGGGAAUGGAUGUGUCUACACAGGAAUUGUUAUGCACGAGCUUAUGCAUGCCUCUGGAUUCUGGCAUGAACAGAGUCGAGCAGACAGAGAUAGCCACAUCAGGAUUAACUGGGAUAACAUUAUUCAAGGGAUGGAAUACAACUUCUUGAAGUAUGAUCUGAACAAGAUUGAUCAUCUUGGUGCUGAGUACGAUACCUGCUCUGUUAUGCACUAUGGUGCAUUUGCCUUUAGCAAGGCCAGAGACCCAACUAUUGUACCAGUAAAGGAGGGCGAAUGUCAGCUAGGACAAAGAGAAGGAUUCUCUGACACGGAUAUUAGGAAGCUAAAUACACUUUACCAGUGCUCUGGUUACCCUCAAGUUGGAAACUCUGUAACUAAUCCAGAAGCAACAACAACUACCGUCAAGCCUUGGGUCAAACCCAAGUGUGAAGACCAAAAUCAAUACUGUGCCACGUGGGCCAAGGCUGAUGAGUGUAAGAAGAAUCCCAGCUGGAUGUUGGUGUACUGUCCUGUAGCUUGCGAUCAGUGCAAGAUUGAUUGUGAGGAUAACAAUGUUUACUGUGAUGAUUGGGCUGCUAUGGGAGAGUGUGAUAAGAACCCAGAUUACAUGAAUAUCUACUGCGCAAAGUCGUGUAAGGUUUGCUCUGGGGGAGAUUGUAUGGAUGAGAAUAAAUCUUGCUCUGGUUGGGCAGCUCAGGGAUACUGUACAAAUUCAAAAUAUAAGGAGUAUAUGUCCUUGAGAUGCAAGAGCUCAUGUAACAAGUGCUAGUCAGCCAUAUAUUAUCCAUAUUAUAUACCCUGUAUCCAAAUAUAGUAUUCAUAUCCAAAUAUUCUGUAAUAUCCAAAAACAUGUAUUUUGUAUCAAAUCGAAAAUCAAAAUCUAUCAAAUGUCAAUUUAAAAAAAAUAUUAAAAAAAAUAAAUGUUUUUAUAAAAUAUAUAUUUGGCUAAACAUCCAUUUUAAUUAUUUUUUUACAUAUUUAUCUAAAUGACUAUGAUUAAGCACAUUUAAUGCAAAAUUUAUCAUAUUUAUUGUAAUUGUUAUAUUGCUGCAGAGAAAUAAAAGUAUCCU